AACAUACUCAAUUAUGAACAAACAAAAAUAAAGCUAUUCCACUCCCUCAUUCCUCUCCACAACACUCACACCCUCAAAUCUUCCUCUCAUCUCUCUCGAUUUAUACAUUGCCAACACAAAAGAAGGUUCAUCUCUUCCAAUGCCCCCAUAUGGAAACAUCAGAUACUCACAUCUCACCCACCCACACUCUCACCCUCCUAUCUCGAUGUCUGACCGGCCACCGGAGCCGGUUAACCGGCCGAUUCUAUUCCGGCGGCCUGUGUUUUCCAGCGAGGUCACAACACAACACCCCCCCUCUUCGAGCAGCAAGACAGACCACCACCACCACUCGGAAAGGAGUGAAGGGGAGGAGAGAGAGGGACUGGAACGAAGAGAGAGAGAGAGAGAGAGACCGUUAAGAGAGAGAAGAUCGGCGGAAGUAGGGAGCCGGCCGACACUUGGAGAACGGGCGACUGGCCGACAAGGAUACCGGCGGCGUCGCCGCCGUUCACAGCGGCAGUGGUCACUUCGGUGACUCAACUUUUUUUAGGAGUUCAGUUUGGUUAAAAGUCUACGGGUUCGGUUCACGGCACAGCGGGUCUUGGUCAAAACAGCAGGUUCGGGUCAAACCCGGUUGACUCGGUCAACACCCGAGUCAACUCGGGUCAACAGCGGGUCAACACAGUCAACAUCGUCAGCGGGUCAGCGGUCAACAGAUUCGGAUCGGAUUCAAAAUUUCGGGUCUUGACUCAGCUUGACUCGGUCCAACUCGGCUCGACUCGGUUCAUCUCGCCUCAACUCAGUCAACAAGAGCUGACUCGGUCAACUCAGUUGACCCGGUCAACUCAGUUAGGCGGUUCGACAACUCGACGAGAAAGACUUGGUAAAAGUUUAGAACAAAUAUUAUUUACACUAAUUUUAAGAUUUUUAUUAAUGUCGUGAACGAGCUCGAACUGAUUCGUAUUGAUUAUGGUUUACAUUUUAUACAUAUGAUGAAAAUUAACAUA